GGCUAUCAUCAUAUGACAAUGUCAAUGAAAUGAUUGUCAGAUUGAAUAAGACACUCGCUCAAUUUUGAAAUAAUGAAAUUAAGUAACAGAUUCAACCUUCUAACUUCUAGAUUUUGUUAGGUAAACCAGCUUCACAUUGUUUGCUAAUUGCACUAAAGUAUAUGCUAACAUUCUAAGGGCACUACAAAACGAAAGGAGAAUGAGUGGUGUGGCGCAGUUAGCACGUGGCCCAAAGACUGGAACGUGGGGAGAAAUCUUUCCAACGGAGCAAGCUGUAGAGCAACAAUCACUGCUGUUUAUGAAGAAAUUGGUUGCUAUGGCAAUUUCACAUGUUGCAUAUUUGAGAGCUAUCUUCCCUGAGAAUGCCUUUAGUGAUCGCUGUCUAGAAGAUUUGAGUUUAAAGAUCUUGAGAGAUGACUCUUCGUGCCCUGGAGCCUGUCAGGUGAUUCGUUGGCUUAAAGGAGUCUUUGAUGCACUAGAACGAAAAUACCUACGAAUGUUAAUCCUAGGAAUAUAUGUAGACCCUACUCAACCAGAGAAGCUAAUAGAGUCAUAUACAUUCAAAUUCAGCUAUCAUGCUGAUAGCAGUGGAGUGACAAUCUUCAGAAACAGCCAGAAGAUGGCAGCAGCAAAGUCAGCAGCAGAAACCCGAAAAGCCACAAUGAUACUAUUGCGCACACUCGUGGUGCUGACGCAGGGGCUCGGCUGCCUUCCAGAUGACGUCAUGAUGACCAUGAAACUUCUCUACUAUGACGAGGUGACCCCUCCGGCAUAUGAACCGCCAGGCUUCAGACCAUCGGACACCGACUCGUACAUGUACGAGGAUGAACCCGUGAACAUAAAAGCUGGCGACGUUGCAACUAAAUUCCACAAACUGAAGGUUCGAAUCAAAGUUAGCAAGAAGAACUUUGGAGAGGAUGGUGUAGAUGAAACGGAUGCCAAUGUACAUCCGGUGACCAACGAAGGAUUGGAUAACUCGGACGAUGACCUCUCUGACCAAAUGGACGUUGCGGCGGAAAAGGUGUUGAGCAGCAACUCUUCAUCACAAGAAGAAGGACAAACACGAUUCGCAUCCACCACUGCGAAAGAACCUGCAGUGCCCGACCCCAUUAGCCCCACACGGCCGUCAGGCGCCAAGGCACCAAUCACAGGCGCUGGCGACGGGGCCUCUCCAGGAACUAUUGCAAAGCAAUUGCAGUACCUCGCACAACGAACAGGCCAGCUCGAUCUCUGUCGCACGUCUGAACAGCUGGGUGCAGAAGAUAGGAGCAAUAGAGCAGCCGGUGUUGCUAAGGGUAGAAAGAGACUGCUCAAUAUCGAAAACAAGCCUGCGCUGCAUGAUAGCCAGGAGUCGGACACACAAGUCAACCAGCGCCGCAGCAAGCGCCGAAAAGCCAGCAGAGCCAAUUAACCACGAAGAGUUGGCGUGAUAUGCUUCCAUGAGCAAGAACGGGGAAAAGCAGAAAGGCACAUGUGCAUUUAGAACCUGAACGAGAGACCAGUAUCGUCGGUGGCAGCUGUGACAUUCACUUAACCUGCUGGAUCCGCAUUGCUGAAUCAUAAUCAACACGCAGCCAAUGAUUUUUUAAUUAGAACUAGCUAGUGUCAAACGAACAAGCUAGACUGAUGUGGCUGUGACAAAAAGGAACCAAAUUAUAAUACAAAA